AUGAAAUACAUGGAAAAUAAGAACAACAUGACAGAGUUUGUUCUUCUGGGGCUCACAGAGAACCCAAAGAUGCAGAAAAUCAUAUUUGCUGUAUUUUCUGUCAUCUACAUCACCACUGUGGUGGGAAAUGUGCUCAUCGUGGGCACCAUCACGGCCAGCCCAUCCUUGUGGUCCCCCAUGUACUUUUUCCUGGCCUAUCUCUCCUUUAUUGAUGCCUGCUACUCCUCUGCAAGUACCCCCAAACUGAUAGUAGAUUCACUCCAUGAAAAGAAGACCAUCCUAUUCAAUGGAUGCAUGACCCAAGUCUUUGUGGAGCAUUUACUUGGAGGUGCCGAGGGCAUCCUGCUUACUGUGAUGGCCUAUGACCGCUACGUGGCCAUCUGCAAGCCCCUGCACUAUGCAACCAUCAUUAAUCGGCAGCUGUGUGGACUGUUGGCGGGAGUGGUGUGGGUCGGAGGCUUAAUCCACGCAACCAUACAGAUCCUCUUCAUCUUCCGUUUACCCUUCUGUGGCCCCAAUGUCAUAGAUCACUUUAUGUGUGACCUGGCCCCAUUGCUCAAUCUUGCCUGCACUGAUACCCAUGGUCUAGGGCUCUUCAUUGCUGCCAACAGUGGGUUCAUGUGUCUGUUAAACUUCCUCCUUUUGAUGGUCUCCUACGUGGUCAUCUUGCGUUCCCUAAGGACCUACAGCUUAGAGGCAAGGCGCAAGGCCUUCUCCAUCUGUGUCUCCCACAUCACAGUGGUGGUCUUAUUCUUUGUGCCCUGUGUAUUUGUGUAUAUGAGACCUGCAGCUACUUUACCUACUGAUAAAGCAGUUGCUGUAUUCUAUACUAUCAUAACUCCCAUGUUAAAUCCCUUAGUCUAUACCUUAAGAAAUGCUCAGAUGAAAAAUGCCAUUAGGAAAUUAUGCAGUAGGAAAGCUAUUCUAGGUGAUAAAUAA